AGACCGUAGACCGUGUGUACCGUGACAGAGACAAGAGCUUGCUUGUUCAAAAAAAUCGACGGUACGACCGGCAGUCGCUACCGGCAGCUCGGCGGCAGCGCAGCGUCACAGUCCCCAGUCUCAGCGAGCGGAGUCACAUUCGUCGCCGAUCCAAACAAAACGACAGCGUCGCUCCAGAGCGCUUCAUAGACUUCGAGCAGCGUGCGGCCAAAGCGGUUCGUUCGUUGGUUGGAUCGCUGCCUGGUUCAUGGGUUGCCAGCGAGGAGGAGACUAGGAGAACGACUGGGAGAGACUACAACGCGAGUGACUGACAGCCAAACGCUCGUGUCUAAACUGACGGACAGCUGGUCUGGGCCAUAACGUUAAUUUAUUUAAUUCCGCUACUCCGAAAAUUUCGCGCGCGCGAAAUCAGAAGAGCGAGGCUGUCGGAGAAGAAAAUUGUCUAUGAACUCGACUCUGGGAAAAUCGUGCGCAGGUUUUUCGAAAGUAACAUUCGCCUUGAUAAAUGUUCGGGAAUAAAUAAAUGCGCCAUUUGUGUGACAGCCGAAAAUAAAUCCAAAAGUGAAUGAACGAGUGCAAAAAAUUGAUUAAUCUACUCCGAAACAGAAACAAAUUGGCUGCCCCAAAUAAUAAAUACUAGAUCAGCUUGAGCUCAGGCGAUAAGAACGCUUCUAAGCUGAAAAUAAAAAUUAAAAAUAAACCAACCAAAAUAAAUGAAUUCAAGUGAAGUUAAGCUUUUCCGAAUUUACUCCGAAAGUGCAUUAUUGACAAUGCGAACGUUUAAGCGAGGCUUCUUCUGCUCGGAUCUGAGCAUUCGGUAUCCCUACCACGAGUGCACCAUCACAGUGCCGAUGCUGCUGCUGAUGAAGCUGCUCCUGCCGAUGCUCCUCAUCAGCGUGGUGGAGAUAAUGCGCAUCUGCAAGCGCUUCCGCAUGCGCCUGUACCUGCGCAACCUGUGGCGGUCGCAGGCCACAUUCAGCUUUGGCUUCAUUGCCACCUUCCUGACCACGGAGCUGGCCAAGCAUGUGGUGGGACGUCUAAGGCCACACUUUUACCAGGCCUGCCAGCCGCGCCUAAACGACGGCACCAGCUGCUCGGACCCCCAGAACGCCGACCUGUACGUGGAGCAGUUCUACUGCUCCAAUCUCAAUAUCUCGGGCCGCCAGAUCCGCGAGCUGCACGUGAGCUUCCCCAGCGCCCACAGCAGUCUCAGCUUCUACUCCAUGUGUCUGCUGGCCUUCUACGUGCACAGUGUGUGGCAGGGACGGGGCAGCAUUCGGGUGCUGCGACACAUUGUCCAGUUCCUACUGCUAAUGGCCGCCCUGUGUGUCUCGCUCAGCCGCGUGGCCGACUAUUGGCACCACUGGUCCGACGUUCUAGCCGGCGCCGUGCUGGGCGUUGUCUAUGCCGCGAUCACCGCCAUCUAUGUGGGCGAUAUGCUGCGGCCCCAGCGGCCCCGCACCGGAGUGCCCUGUCCGACCGCCCUCGGCUACAGCAGCGGCUGUCACCACCAUCACCUCCAUCAGCUGAUGGCCGAGAAUAAUAAUCCAAACACAUCCACCAAGGUGCACUUUCUGGCAGCGGCUGCCUCUGCCACGAUGACAACCACCACACCGCUGGACGAUAUACACAAUUCAAAUUCCAAUUCCAAUUCCGAUACCGAUGACGAUGAUGAUGUCUAUAAGCCGCACACAUCGCGGACAUCAACAACACCGUCACCUUCUGCACUCGACUUGUCAAAUGUCGUCUAAGCCGACGUACCGAAGCCUGACAAUCCACAGAGAGAGAGAUAGAGAGAGCUAGAGAGCUAGAAAUCUGGCGAGCCGAUGUGAUUAGGCUUAUCGUCUCGCAUUGGGUACUGCCGGCUGCUAUUUCGACUAUUUUUCCAUUU